GACCAACGCCGUGAGUAAAUAUAAAAAUUCAAAUUCAAACCCGUGACCAACCUGUGACGAUCAGUAAUCGACCACUGGUCCCGAGCGGCGAGCAAGAGCGGGUAUGACACCACUGUGCGACCUAGAAAUACCAAUCACUCCACUGUAGACCAUCGAGCGAUAUCUCAUGGUCCCAAGCAAGAGCACAUUAUGCGACCUAGAAAGAACAAUAGCUCUGCUGUGGACUACCGAGUAACAGCUUUUGGUUUGCUUUUGGUCCACUGCACACAAUGCGUUUCUACUUCUGUGGAUGACGCCGUGGUGGACAUUGUUGAUGAGGUGAGUAUUUAAGGACUCCUGCACAGUCCAAAUCAAUUUGACAUUAGCUACUUCAUCAUGCAACCUUUUACCCAACUUUCAUUUCCAUUUGGCGACCUUCCGGUUGAGCUGGUCCUCCUUAUCCUUAAACAUGCGGCACAACCCAGUUUUUCUCAGAUUGCACCAUACAAGUUCAAAAACCCAUACUCAUUCGCCCUCGCUCUCUGUCUUGUCUCUAAAGAGGUCAGGAAAACGGUGUUGCCCGAAAUUCUUCACACCGUGUUGCUCCCGCAAUUGCGCAGCGUGACAGCGUUCGUGGACACCUUACGUAUGCAGCAGGCAUACGCUCAGCAAGAUCAUCAAUUCAAAUUUGACUACGCGAAGCAUGUACGCAGGAUGUGGAUGGGACAGUUUCGUGGCUCCCUCCCAGGACUUUCGCUCAACGAAUUCGGACAAAUGCAAUCUGGGCUAGACCUCAGUCCCCUGGCCCCUGUCCUGCUCGCUGCACCGUCCAUCGCAGUCGACUUUGAGAAUCUGGGCCUUGUGUCAGGUUGCCUUUUCCAUGCCUGGAAAUCACGCGUGGAUAGCCACGAAGAAUCUCCAGUUCUGUACAGCCCAAAAACCUUGAUGGUAACGGGUACUGAAUCCAUGACUCGCCAAUGGUCGUUCUACAUCAAGACCGACCAUGGAGCGGCUUUCCUUGCUUCUAUAUCUAAUGUCAUCUCCAUCACACACACGAUAACCGACAGCACUCGGCACCAGUGUGGCAUCUGCCACCGCGAUAGUGCAUCGAAAAUCUACAAGCUGCCUGAGUGGAUGGCGCGGGCCCCACUCAGCAAUCUCCAGACCUUUUCAUUGCCCAUUCCGCAUAGCGCGCACACGCUUGCUGAAUGUGAGCCUACCGGAACGGACAUGAAAGUAGAACUUUUGACGUUCUCUGUUUCCAAGUUGUCGCCGCGCCGACGCACGCUCAAGGAACUAAGGAUGAUUCAGCAAAUGGGGAGUUCUCCGUCUGAUCAUGGUCUUUUGGCGGCGUCCCAUCUUCGAUCAUCCUUUUGUAUCCUUUGUCAAGAUUGGCUGAAAGCUUGGGCCUGUGGAUUAGGAAGCUGACUGGUUAUUGUAUAUGUAUUGCUACCAGUUUCCUAUUAGCGUUGGAUAUUACAUUGGAAUGAUACCUGCAGGCACUCAUUGCAUGUACGCGCAGCAUUAGGACCCUGCAUAAUAAAAUUCUCUUACAGAUAAAAUAUGUACUGCUGAAUACACAAGAACAAGACACUCAC